AUGCAUCGUGCCAUAGCUGUCCCUAGACAUGUUUCGGCGACGGUUGGACGAGGCCUUAUACGGACUUCUCGCAGGCGACUAGCCACCACCGCCUCUACAUCCAAUGCCCCAUCUAAUUCCAACCCGGCAAAAGUCGUUCGCAGGAUCUUAUUCUAUACUGUGGCAGCGACGGGCACGUUCUACAUCGGCAGUGCAUUCGUUUCCUUCGAAAACCAGCAGUACCGUGAAUUGUUCACCGCAAACGUUCCUUUGGGGAAGGAACUCGUCGACUAUGGCGAGGUGCACAAGUGGGAUGAGAUCACCGUCGAACAAACUGUGGUAGCUACCGUGGACGCCUACAAGACCGUCUACAACUUCGUACAACGGCAGCUGGGUAACGCGCCGACAGAAGAAACAAUUGAAAAGACGGCCAAGUCGGCACUCAAGGAGUCCAAAGAGCGCGUAAAGUCUGCCGCUGCAUCCCUCAAGACUGUCAUAAAGAAAGUGGAGGAAGAAACGGUCCCGGAAGCAACCGCGAAAGCAAUUUUCAUUGCACGACAACAUGGUGCACAGUUUGCUGAUGAAUUGGACGACCUGAUUCGCAAAGCAGAGGCAGCCCUUACUGGGAAAUCCGUUGACUCUCUUCAUGAAGCGACAACUACACCGGCUCAGCCCGGGUCUUCUCCAGAUACUAUCCCGCCGCGCGAUGACACUGACCUUAUAAUUGUAUCGGACAAGCAUCCUGGUAAUGCCGUUAUUUAUGCUGCGCCGCUUCCCAUCGGCUUCGAGCCCCCACCCGGGUAUGAGCGCCCCGCACCUCCAAAGUCUGCCCCGAAGGCCGCUGCAGAACCCACUCCCGUGCCCCUGCCUCUUGUCGCUCCAGCCGUGUCUGAAGUCGCCGUAUCUGAGCCUGUGAUCACCCAGCUCGCAUCCACGAUUGACAACCUCGCUUCUUUCCUUGCAUCCAACCCCGCUGCCUCCGAAAAAGCCAAAGAUGUCCUUGAGGUGGCCAAAGCUGACCUCACUGGCCUCGCAGCACGUAUUGAGAAGAUCAAGGAGGAUGAGAAGCUGCAGCUAGAGAUGAAGCUUGACGAACAAGCGCGGGAGUAUACCACAAAGCUUCUCGAGCUCGAGCUUGAGGCACAGGAUAAACUAGAUUCGCAACAAGAUGGCUUCAGGAAAUUCUACGACGAGGAGCGUGGCAGGUUCACUCAGGUUUACCGUGAGAAGCUGGAACAGGAAUUACGCACCCAGACAGAAAUUAUCAAUGAGCGGUUGAAGGAGGAAGUGAUCGCGCAGGGUAUAGAGAUGCAGAGGCGGUGGAUCCGCGAGGUCAAGGUCCGCGUCGAGCAAGAACGCGGGGGUCGUCUCGCCAAGCUUGAUGAGCUCGCCACAAGUCUCAAGCGCCUUGAACGUCUCGCACUCGACAAUUCUUCAUAUCUUGAUGAGAAUAUUCGCGUGCACAGCAUGUGGACCGCCAUACGUGCUAUGCAGAGCGCUGUCGAUGCGUCGAUACGCAAGCCAUUCCGUGAAGAGCUCCGUGUGCUCCGACACAUCGCAGUCGCCAAGGAAGACGUAAUCAUUGCUGCAGCAUUGGACUCCCUUGAACAAAGCGACAUGCCCGACAUUGGCAUUGAGCCGUUUGCAGACCUUGCAUCAUGGUUUAGCACCUCUGUUAGGCCACGCGUCUCAAGCGUUGCUUUGGUCCCCGAUCAGGAUGCAGGUGUACUCACGCACCUGGCUUCGCACUUUCUUUCUUUGUUUAGGUUCCAGCGGCAUGGACUCAUUCCUGGGUCGGACGUGCUGAGUAUACUGUCCAGAGCGGAGUAUUACAUGAAUGAGAAGGAUCUUGAUAAUGCUGCAAGAGAGCUAAAUCAAGUGAAAGGAACUGCAAGGGAGCUGCUUCGAGAUUGGUUAGAAGCUGCACGGAGACGGCUGGAGGUUCUGCAAGCUCUUGAGGUGAUACAAUCACAAGCGACAAUCGCAUCGUUGCUUGUCGUAUAG